AUGGGUUGCUGCAAUAUCGGCACAUUCCUCAACAAAGACACUGAGUUCCCUCUAAUUCCACUUUCCGAAAUGAUAGACUCUCCAUCUGUCUCUAGCAAAGAAAAAACAUCUCCCGAUCUCUUACUCCCCCUUCCCUCCGUGAGUGAAAAACCAUUAAAUUUUUGGUAAAAUCCAUCCUCCAUAAUGGCCAAAAAAAAUUUUGAUUUAUAAAUGAUUAUUAUUAUAAUGAUUGCAUCAAUAUCAAAUGGCAGUUUUGGGUAGGACUAAAAUCCUAUAUCUGAGCUAAAUGAGAGGAGUCCUAUAUUCUUUGAGAGACUCAGCGUGAAGAGAGGUGCUCUGCACUGAGGCUGGUGCAGAGAGAGAGGUCCUAUAAAAAGCUUGGGGGCAUGAAAAAAUUGACAGUUAUGUUAACCUUACGUACCAUUACUCAGAGUUGCCAGUUCAAGUUGAAGUAAAGGAACGGAACUUAUGCAAGUGCAUUCUUAUUUGCAUUAGCAUUAUUAUUAUAAUGAAAUAUCUAGCUAAUUCUGUUGAAUUUUAACAAAUAUAAAUUUUGCUAAUUAAAUUAGCUUUCCAUUUUCGCAGAUUGAGAUUUAAAAUAUAAAAAAUUAUAAAUAAUUUAUUUUAAAACAAAUAUUAACCCUCCCCGUGAUCGAACAAAUUUUUUUGUUUGCUCACGGAAGAUGGGGGAAUUUAGAAUCCCACGCAACUCUGGUUUCAAAUCCCUCCCUAAAAAUCCAAAGAAGCAUCUUUAUCCACAUCACACAAGGCGACAUUCGUGAUUUCUAUGACGUCAAAGACUUUAUCGGUAACGGAGCCUAUGGAUCUGUUUAUCAAGUAGUUAACAAAGAAACCAAUUCUAUCAGAGCCGCCAAGAUGAUUUCUAAGCGUAGAUUUAAAGAAACCGAUAGAGACAUGCUUCUACAAGAAGCAGAAGCUUUACGAUAUUUUGACCACCCCAAUAUUUUGAAAAUUUAUGAUGUUAUUGAGGAUAACUUAUCUUUAUAUAUAGUCACUGAGUUAUGCACUGGUGGAGAUCUCAACGACAGAAUAAGGCGAAAUAACUAUCUUUCUGAAAUGGAAGCAGCCAAAUACAUGUAUCAGAUCAUGUCUGCUUUAUAUUACUGUCAUAAGAAAAAUAUCGUGCACAGGGAUUUAAAGCCAGAAAACAUGCUUUUUUUAAACGAAAAAGAAGGCUCGCCACUGAAACUGAUAGAUUUCGGGACAAGCUGUAGGACGAAUUUCGAUAAAAAAAUGCGAACCAUGAUAGGGACUGCCAAUUAUAUAGCCCCAGAAAUCAUUGAAGGGGAUUAUGACAGUAAAUGUGACAUAUGAAGUGCAGGGGUUAUUCUAUUCUUUAUGCUUUCAGGAGAAAGGCCAUUCAGAGCUGAGGACGAGAAUUCUUUACUUAUAAAAGUUUCAAAAGCGAAAUACAAAUUUGACAGUCCCAGGUGAAAUGAAAUAUCUUCCGAAGCCAAAGAAUUGAUAGGAAAAAUGCUAACAAAGGACCCAGAACUGCGGCCAACAGCUAAAGAAGUACUCCAUAGUGGCUGGAUUUGUGAGAAAACGAGGGAAGAAAUAAACUACAGCUUCAUCAUGUCCAACGAUAUUUUAGAGAGGCUAAAAAAUUUCAAAGGAAAGCGAAAUCUUCAGCAGGCCACCCUUUCCUUUAUAGUUUCUCAACUUACCACCAAUGAAGAAACAGAGCAGCUCCAAAAGGUUUUUGUUGCCCUUGACAGAAACGGAAAUGGCAAAAUUAGCCAACUUGAACUAGAAAGAGCUUUUCAGGAAAAAUUUUUCGAAUAUGAUGUAAAUAUGUUCUAUGAUGACUCAUAGCCUUACCAGGAUUUAAAAUUGUCCAGAAAUUGACCCUUUUAAAAAUCCAGAUGAAUAGUUUAUUUUUAAAGUACAUAUUAAGCUCCAAGGACAGUCUAUAAGCCUUCCCAAAGUAUAUAGAAAGCAUUUUUGAGAACUGUGACGCCGACCAAAACGGCUACAUAGGCUAUCUAGACUUCUUAACAGCAACCCUAGACUGGGAUUCUGUUCUUUCAGAAGAAAGAAUAAGGGCCGCUUUUAAUGCAUACGACGUCGACAAAAACGGUCUCAUCUCUAUAGAAGAAGUCAAGCAGUUUCUAAAAGGCGACCAGCAAAUCGAAGAGUUCGUAUGGAACCAAAUUUUUGAGGAAGCAGACUCCAACCACAACGGCUUUAUUGAUUUUUCUGAAUUCAAAGAAGCACUGCUACACAACUUUAAAUAA